AAAUGUUCUCCACCAUAUUAUUUUUUGAGUGUUCUUUCUGUUUUUCUUUUAUAGGUAAAGAUGAGCCUUCAAGCUAUAUUUGCACAACAUGCAAGCAGCCUUUUAAUAGCGCUUGGUUCUUGCUUCAGCAUGCCCAGAACACACAUGGAUUCCGCAUAUACCUGGAAACAAGCCCUUCAAACAGUUCCCUUACUCCACGCAUCACCAUCCCUCCUCCUCUGGGACCAGAGACUGUUGCACAGUCCCCGCUGAUGAAUUUCCUUGGAGACAACAACCCUUUCAAUCUUUUGCGGAUGACGGGACCCAUCUUGCGUGAACACCCUGGCUUUGGUGAGGGUCGGCUCCCAAACACGCCUCCACUGUUCAGCCCACCACCUCGUCAUCAUCUGGAUCCACAUCGCCUUAGUGCCGAAGAAAUGGGGUUAGUUGCCCAGCAUCCCAGUGCCUUUGACAGAGUUAUGCGUUUAAACCCCAUGGCAAUUGAGUCUCCAGCGAUGGAUUUCUCCAGAAGGCUUCGAGAGCUGGCAGGAAACAGUUCCACCCCUCCGCCAGUCUCGCCCAGUCGCACCAACCCUAUGCAUCGCCUGUUGAAUCCUUUCCAGCCAAGUCCUAAAUCACCUUUUUUGAGCACCCCACCACUGCCCCCCAUGCCCCCCAGCAGCACUACGCCUCCCCAGCCUCAGGCCAAAAGCAAGUCCUGUGAAUUUUGUGGGAAAACAUUCAAGUUCCAGAGUAACCUUAUUGUGCACCGGCGCAGUCACACAGGAGAAAAGCCCUACAAGUGUCAGCUCUGUGACCACGCUUGCUCCCAGGCCAGCAAGCUAAAACGCCACAUGAAAACACAUAUGCAUAAAGCUGGCUCCAUGACGGGCAGGUCAGAUGACGGACUGUCCACCACUAGUUCCCCUGAGCCGGGCACAAGCGAGCUCACUGGAGAGGGACUGAAAUCCAGUGAGGCAGAUUUCAGGAACGAGAGCGAUCCUUCCCUGGGCCAUGACAAUGAAGAAGAGGAAGAGGAGGAGGAGGAGGAAGAGGAGCUUGAAAAUGAGAGUCGGCCAGAGUCGAGCUUCAGUAUGGACUCGGAGCUGAGUCGUAACCGAGAAAACGGCUCCAAGUCACUGCCAGACGAGAAAUCCCUCGUCUUGGGAAAAGUCAUCGAGAAUGUAAGUCUAGGUGCCAUCCAGCAAUAUAAUGACAUGCUAGCUGAAAAGCAGAAGAGGAGUAGCUUCCUGAAGAGGUCUUCUGACCAGCGAGACUUGUGUCCUCGAGACCUAUGUCAGAGAGAUCCAGGCGAUGAAGACUCAGUGGUAGGAGAGCUGGACCGUGCUGAGGAAGGGACAGUCAACGGAAGAAACUUUGGCCCGGGUGAGCCCUUCCCGAACUUGUUCCCCCGAAAGCCGACGCCUAUCACGAGCCCCAGCUUGAACAAUUCCUCUAAAAGAAUAAAGGUAGAAAAAGAUUUGGACUUGCCACCAGCAACGAUAAUACCUUCUGAAAACGUUUACUCCCAGUGGCUGGUAGGGUACGCGGCGUCGCGGCACUUCAUGAAGGAUCCGUUCCUCGGAUUCACAGACUCCCGACAAUCCCCCUUCGCGACCUCUUCCGAGCACUCGUCGGAGAACGGGAGCCUGCGUUUCUCCACCCCACCGGGGGACAUGCUGGACGGGGGGCUCUCAGGGCGCAGCGGCACGGCGAGCGGAGGCAGCACCCCCCACAUCAGCGGUCCCGGCCCCGGGCGACCCAGUUCGAAGGAAGGGCGCAGGAGCGACACGUGUGAGUACUGUGGCAAGGUCUUUAAGAACUGCAGCAAUUUGACGGUGCACCGUCGGAGCCACACUGGAGAGCGGCCUUACAAAUGUGAGCUGUGCAACUAUGCAUGUGCCCAGAGCAGUAAGCUGACGCGCCAUAUGAAAACGCAUGGCCAGAUAGGGAAGGAGGUCUACCGCUGCGACAUUUGCCAGAUGCCCUUCAGUGUUUACAGCACCCUGGAGAAACACAUGAAAAAGUGGCAUGGAGAACAUUUGCUGACAAAUGACGUCAAAAUUGAGCAGGCAGAAAGAAGCUAAGGCCCCCCCACUCCCCCCAUCCCCACUAGGUUAAAUUUCAGGGGUCUAGGUAACAUUUUAUUUGUACAGUUUAACUAUUGCCAACUGAGAAAAGAUGACCUAACUUGCCUCCGUAAACAUAACUUAGCAUAAUUAUGGUAGGUGCCAGACUUUGGCACUUGAGUAUAACCUGUGUCUACAAAGUUCUAUUAAACCCGAGGGUUGAUUAAGGCAGUAAAAAUUGUGGAGCCUUUUAACUGUGCAAUAAUUUCUGUAUUUAUUGGGUUUUUGUAAUUUUUUGGCAUGUGCAGGUACUUUUUUUAUUCUUUCUGUUUAAAUUUCUUUUAAAAUUUUGUUGGGUAUCCCUUUUUAAUUUUACCCAGUCGUAGCCUGAGAUUACUUGCAUUGUAGGCGAGAAGCAUAUCUUUGAAAUUAUAAUUUUUGGGCCGCUGCUUUGUUGAAAUUUAAGCUAAGCGUGUGUAAUUUCUUGUGAAGAAGCCAGAAUUUGAACAGAAAUC